GCAGAAUCGGAUGUCUGUGGAGGUGGUACAGGCGAUGUCCCUGAGCUGAGAGCAUCACCCUAUCCCCCGAAUUUUUUCCUCUGUUUUGUUUUUUCAUUCCCCUCCUCCCUUUCUCUCUCUCCACCCCCCACCCCCCAGUCCGCGACGACUGGCUCUUGACCCUGUUCAGGCCUCGGUGAAGGCAUUUGGUUACAUCCUUUCCACCCCAUCCUUUAAUUCUUUUAUUUCGAAGAGUGCAUUUCAAGCCACCAGUGUGAUUACAGAUGGAAAUUCAGUUUUUAUUUUUUUAUGUGAUAAUUUUAUUUUUAUGAGACAAGAAAAGGUGUGUCAUACCUGAGAGCACCAGGAAAUCACAUGAGAGAUCACCUGAUAACCCAAAUAACACGAACUGUGAUGUUCCAGCCGCAUAUUGAUACAGUGGCAGCAUUUACCAAUUAACUGAUGUGUUGGUGUAUAUCUUCUAUUUGAUAAUUACUUCUUGCCUCUGUAGCCUGUCUUACAAUUCCAACACAUUUGUGGUACUCUAUGUCUAUCCUAAAUUAACCUUGUUUUGUACUACAAACACGUUGCCUAUGGAUCUGUUGCUGAAACAAGGAAGUCUUAAACAAGAAGUUGAAUCUUUCUGUUAUCAAAUUGUGUCUGAAUCAAAUGAUCCAAAGGUUGAAAUAUUACAAAAUGAAGAUGAACAACUGCAGCCUUCAGUUUCUAAAAACUCAGAAGGUGAGCUCUCCAGAGUCAAGUUUAUGUCCAAUUCCAGCAAAAUAACAUCAUUUAGUAAGAAACCAAAAAGAAGAAAAUAUGAUGAGAGUUAUUUGUCUUUUGGAUUUACUUACUUUGGAAAUAGGGAUGCGCCUCAUGCUCAGUGUGUGUUGUGUAAGAAAAUUUUAUCCAACAGUUCUUUGGCCCCUAGUAAGCUUCGAAGACAUUUAGAAACUAAGCAUGCUGCAUAUAAGGACGAAGACAUAAGUUUCUUCAAGCAACAUCUUGAUUCACCUGAAAAUAAUAAACCUCCAGUACCUAAAAUUAUCAAUACAGAUAAUGAAAGUGCUACAGAGGCAUCAUAUAAUGUAAGUUAUCAUAUAGCCCUCAGUGGAGAGGCUCAUACUAUUGGAGAAUUGCUUAUCAAGCCCUGUGCAAAAGAUGUCAUGAUGAAGAUGUUUGAUGAACAGUAUAGUAAAAAAAUAGAUGCAGUACAACUUUCAAACAGUACUGUUGCACGUCGAAUAAAGGAUCUGGCUGCUGACAUUGAAGAAGAGCUUGUUUGUAGGUUGAAAAUUUGUGACGGAUAUUCACUGCAACUAGAUGAAUCAGCUGAUGUUUCAGGACUUGCUGUACUGCUUGUGUUUGUUCGUUAUAGGUUUAAUAAGUCAAUUGAGGAAGAUCUGCUUUUAUGUGAGUCUUUGCAAAGUAAUGCCACUGGUGAAGAAAUUUUUAACUGCAUCAACAGUUUUAUGCAGAAACAUGAAAUUGAAUGGGAAAAAUGUGUUGAUGUUUGUAGUGAUGCUUCUAGGGCAAUGGAUGGGAAAAUUUCUAAGGCUGUCAGCUUGAUAAAAUAUGUGGCUCCCAAAAGCACCAGUCAUCACUGCCUGUUAUUUCGACAUGCACUAGCAGUAAAAGUAAUGCCUACAUUCCUGAAAAAUGUGCUAGAUCAGUCAGUACAAAUUAUCAAUUAUAUUAAAGCUCGACCCCAUCAAUCCAGACUACUAAAAAUUUUAUCUGAAGAAAUAGGUGCUCAGCAUACAGCACUUCUUCUAAAUACAGAGGUGAGGUGGCUUUCUCGAGGGAAAGUUCUUGUAAGACUUUUUGAGCUUAGGCGUGAACUGUUGGUUUACAUGGAUUCUGCAUUCCGGCUAUCUGAUUGUUUAACAAAUUCAUCCUGGCUGCUAAGACUUGCAUAUCUUGCAGAUAUUUUUACUAAAUUAAAUGAGGUUAAUCUGUCAAUGCAAGGGAAAAAUGUGACAGUUUUUACAGUAUUGAUAAAAUGUCAUCAUUGUUAAGGAAAUUAGAGUUUUGGUCAUCAUCUGUAGAAGAAGAAAACUUUGAUUGCUUCCCUACACUCAGUGAGUGACUUUUUGACUGAAAUUAACUCUACAGUUGAUAAAGAAAUAUGCAGUGCCAUUUUGCAGCACCUAAAGGGGUUGCGCUCUACCCUAUUAAAAUAUUUUCCGGUAGCAAACGACAGUAUUGCUUGGGUUAGAAAUCCUUUUACAAUAACUAUU